UCAUCAAUGACAACUUGCUACAUUACACACGAAACACUUCUUAAAUUCAAAAGAAUAUGUAAGUAUGCAUGUAAGGGACUCCUUAAUUACCGGGAUCGAUACCCCGCAUCUCCACACACUUUGAAGCUUUUUUCAUUCAUUUCUUUAACAACCCUUUACUCUGUAUUCUCGUCUAUGAUUCAUGGAAGACACCCUCAACCUCAAUGUCACUCCUUAAGACAACAGCAACCCUUAUUCCCAAACCUUCUUCCACCUCUACUUUCGAUUCUCUACAAUGUGGAACCUUACUCCAAUCCCUCACCAACUCCAAAUCCUUAACCCAAGCCCUACAACUCCACGCUCACGUCACCACCGGCGGCACCCUCCGCCGCAACACCUACCUCGCCACCAAGCUCGCCGCAUGCUACGCCGUCUGCGGCCACAUGCCCUAUGCCCAACACAUCUUUGACCAAAUCGUCCUCAAGAACUCGUUUCUCUGGAACUCCAUGAUCAGGGGCUACGCCUGCAACAACUCUCCCUCGAGGGCCCUUUUUCUAUACCUCAAAAUGCUGCAUUUUGGACAAAAGCCUGAUAACUUCACCUACCCUUUUGUCCUUAAGGCAUGUGGGGACCUUCUGCUUCGCGAAAUGGGUAGAAAGGUUCAUGCUUUGGUGGUGGUUGGUGGGUUGGAGGAGGAUGUUUAUGUAGGCAACUCGAUACUUUCGAUGUACUUUAAGUUUGGUGACGUGGAAGCUGCGCGGGUUGUGUUUGAUAGAAUGCUUGUGAGGGACUUGACUUCUUGGAACACCAUGAUGUCGGGGUUUGUGAAGAAUGGGGAGGCAAGGGGUGCUUUUGAGGUUUUUGGGGACAUGAGAAGGGAUGGUUUUGUGGGAGAUAGGACCACCUUGCUUGCUCUUCUCUCUGCUUGUGGGGAUGUUAUGGAUUUGAAGGUGGGGAAAGAGAUUCAUGGUUAUGUUGUUAGGAAUGGUGAGAGUGGGAGAGUCUGUAAUGGGUUUCUGAUGAAUUCAAUUAUUGACAUGUACUGCAAUUGUGAGUCUGUGUCUUGUGCAAGGAAGUUGUUUGAAGGGUUGAGAGUGAAGGAUGUUGUGUCGUGGAAUUCUUUGAUUUCGGGGUAUGAGAAGUGCGGGGAUGCUUUUCAAGCUCUUGAGCUUUUCGGUCGGAUGGUUGUAGUAGGUGCAGUGCCUGAUGAGGUGACUGUUAUUUCUGUGCUUGCGGCUUGUAAUCAAAUCUCGGCAUUGCGGUUGGGCGCGACCGUGCAGUCAUAUGUUGUUAAGAGGGGUUAUGUUGUGAAUGUUGUUGUGGGAACGGCACUUAUUGGCAUGUAUGCUAACUGUGGAAGUUUGGUUUGUGCUUGUCGUGUGUUUGAUGAGAUGCCUGAGAAAAAUUUGCCUACUUGUACGGUUAUGGUUACUGGAUUUGGAAUUCAUGGGAGGGGGAGAGAGGCCAUCUCCAUUUUUUAUGAAAUGCUAGGUAAAGGUGUGACACCAGAUGAGGGCAUUUUCACUGCAGUUUUAUCGGCUUGUAGUCAUUCUGGAUUAGUGGACGAGGGUAAAGAGAUUUUCUACAAAAUGACUAGAGACUAUAGUGUGGAGCCUAGACCAACUCAUUAUUCAUGUUUAGUGGAUCUACUUGGCAGAGCAGGGUACUUAGAUGAAGCUUAUGCAGUUAUAGAGAAUAUGAAAUUGAAACCUAAUGAGGAUGUGUGGACUGCUCUUCUUUCUGCAUGCAGAUUACAUCGGAAUGUCAAGUUAGCCGUGAUCUCGGCGCAGAAGCUUUUUGAAUUGAAUCCAGAUGGAGUGAGUGGCUAUGUUUGCCUUUCCAACAUCUAUGCUGCUGAGAGACGGUGGGAAGAUGUUGAAAACGUGAGGGCAUUGGUGGCAAAAAGAAGAUUGAGGAAACCACCUAGUUACAGUUUUGUUGAGCUAAAUAAGAUGGUUCAUCAAUUUUUUGUUGGGGAUACUUCCCAUGAACAGUCGGAUGAUAUUUAUGCCAAAUUGAAAGACUUGAAUGAGCAACUGAAGAAAGCUGGAUACAAACCUGACACCAGUUUAGUUCUCUACGAUGUUGAGGAAGAAAUAAAGGAGAAGAUGCUUUGGGAUCAUAGCGAGAGGUUGGCACUUGCUUUUGCUCUUAUUAAUACUGGUCCGGGGACCACUAUCAGAAUAACCAAGAAUCUUCGUGUGUGUGGAGAUUGCCACACGGUAAUAAAAAUGAUUUCUAAGCUCACAAAUCGGGAGAUUAUUAUGCGAGAUAUUUGUAGGUUUCACCAUUUUAGAGAUGGCUUAUGCUCAUGUGGUGGAUAUUGGUGAGCUGAUGGAAGUUUGAUGUAGUAGUAGAUAAAAUUCAAAAAUGAUGAAAAUACAAAAUUUUUGUUAAAUGGAAAUUUGAUUGCUUGAAAGAGAAGCUACUGUAUAUAAAGUUGAUGAUUUUUUAUCUGACAUGAACAUAUACCUUAGGAUGUUUAAAUUUGAAUUGCCACAAUGUGGCAUCAUCGUUAGCAUUGCAGAUGCAACCAGACUAUAACUGUAAUCUGAAGUGUCUUGUUUUGCCUCAAUACGCUAAUAUUAGGAUAUGCUUUCUCAUUAUAUGACAAACCCUAGUUUCCUAGUACUUUUACACGAGAAGUGAACUCCUCCUGGUUGUUGUACCAAGGUUGCCAAACUCACAUUCACCAGACACCAUGCCUUAACAUACCAACCGUUUGUCUUGUGCUCAAAUAGAUGGAUAUAGUAUAUUCAUUUACUAUAUCAUUUUCUAGAUGUGUUUCUUUGUGCAUCCUAGUAGCCAUGGCCAAAUUCUUUAGUUACUCUUGGCAUCAAAUUGGGAAAUCAACCAUCAACUUUCAUGUCUGUCUCUGGAAGCCAGGGGAAUGGCGGUAUUGGUUUAGUCGCUUCCAGAAGAACCUCCAGGGGAAUCUUUGGUGCAGAUGGCUUCAAUGGUGUUAUGGCAUGAUUGUACUUUUGAGGGUUUGCACAGUAAUCCUGCAAUUUUAGGGAAAUGAUUAGGAGGCAACAAGGUAAUUAUGAAACUGAAGAAAGUUAAAAAUAUUAUCUUUUCAUGUGCAUGCAUCACGGAUGCUCACCUGAUCUGCAUGCAUCUUUAGCACAAAUUUUUUGAACAUAUUAAAAUUUGAUUUUUGCAGUAGAUCAUCUGAUAGACGAAGGUAUGUUACUCCAAACAUGCUUAGUUUUGGAGGGCCAUUGUUGUUGACACCUUGUGGUCUUGCAUUCAGUAUGAUUUGGUUGUAAGCUGUAGCAUCAUACCUUGGAAGUGCAUUUUCUCCAGCAACUUGGAUGUCUUCUCUCCAACCUCCACUCAAUACCUGUGUGUGUGUUCAUGUUUGGCAAUUUAACCGCUAUAAUACAGCCUUUACACUUGGCAUCAUCUUUAACAAGCAGAGCAAGCUUUAAACUAGAGAAAAUUGUAAUGCAUUACCUGCUGAACAAGCUCCUGUGGUCCACUUUUGGCAUCUGAGGGUUGUUCUGAGUCCCUCAUCUCAAGACAUGUAAAGUUCAAAAUGGCAUGAUGGCGAGACAGCAAUCUUGCAAUGGGACGGUAUCCGUCUCUAUUAUUAAGGUUGUAAUAUCCAGCUGUAAGCUCAGCAGCAUGAUUUUCAACUUUGUACCACCAGUGAAUUCCAGAUACCUGUUGAUCAUGGUUAGAGGCUAAUCAUCUGACAGAAAAUGAAGGGGACUGUUGAUUGAGGUGUUAUGAAGUUUACUUUGAUUGCUAAUUUGACUUUACAGCUCAGGAAGGCUUUGUUGGCUUCAUCUAGUAUUUGAUCACCAUGGUUCAGCAAUUUGUUAGAAUACCAGGUCAAGAAGAACUUCCCUUUUUCAGUGACAUAAGUGCCAUUUGAUUUGAAGAAUCCAGUAGAUUCUGGGACAUCAUUGUACUUGCCUGCGUCAUCUGGCAGUUCCCAUUCAGGAUGGCCAGCCCUUGCUACAGCUGCUUUGAAAUCUGCCUUCAAAUAUUUGUCAUAGCACUGCAGAAUUUCAUUUUUAUGAUCCUUUAGGUAUUCAAAUAAUCAAAUCCCAGUUUGGAUGAGAAACAAUUGUUUGAAAGCUGAGACCAGACUCACCUGAAAUUCUCCAAUACCAGGAAAUUCCCAUCCUUGGCUUUGUGGAUAAGAGGGGUAUCUGAGCUCUCCAGCUGGGCCAAGCCCAACUUCAAUGUCUAUAAUAAGUCCAGAGUCUAAAAAAUCUGACAUGUUUUCUCUGAAACUCUUCAUGUAGUCACUGUAUAUCUGCAUACAGCAACAAAUUUAAACAUGCUUUAGUAACCAAGAUCAUUCUUCUUGUAGUGUACAUGUUGAAGUUUGUAACAUGUUACACAGUAAAUGGUUGUUCAAUGACUCAGAAUGAAUCUGUUUCUCAUGUUUUACUAUA